CAAUUUUACGCUUGUAAAUAGUUCAUUACGGUGUUAAGAAUUAUUGCGGUUUUUGCUCUUUGAGAUUCCACGCCUUGUUUUCGAAGGAAGUUGCUCUUGUGGCCGGUUGUACGUGUACCGCUUUGAAGCGAGGAUUUCGCUCUGCGUGUUGAUAAAAAUAGAUGCGCUUUAAAUGUUAAUUUUUAUUUUAUUUAAAGUAGUUAAUGAUGAAGAAGGGCCUUAUUUGGGCGAUUUCCUGGGACGAAUUCAAAAUGGGCGGUUGUCCCCGAGGAGUCCGGCUGCCCGGUGCAGCCUCUUCCCGGGGAAGGAGGCAGGACCUCGUACCAUCAACCUGGACACCCCGCAGAGAAGGAAGAUCCUGAAGGAAGGACUACCGAAGGAACGGGAACGGGCUAUCAUCGGAUCGGGAGGAUUCGGAUUAGUAGUCAGAGCCUCCUACAAAGGUAGCCAAAUUGCAGCGAAGAUGAUGAGCCGCAACCGGCGAAGCGAUAUCACGGCAAAGGCGGAGAAGUUGGCCUCGACCUUGAACCAUGAGAACAUUAUCAAAAUCCGUGGGAUCGAGCAGGGCUCGGCCCUUACCCUGAUAGCGAUGGAGUUGUGCGGCACGUCCCUUGAAGAGCGCCUUGAAGAGACCGAGAUGGUCCCAAGAGAGCGGGUUGAGAUAUGGCUGGCCAUCGCCAGGGCUCUAAAGUUCUGCCACGAGGCUGGGGUGAUCCAUGCAGACGUAAAACCGAAGAACAUCCUGAUCGGACCCGAUGGUCGACCUAAACUGGCGGAUUUUGGAAGCUGCGUCUCCGCAGAGGUCGAGGACGAGAAGACCUCGACGCGGGAUCUGCGUGGUACUCCGGGAUACUCAGCGCCCGAGGUUGUUCGAGGAGGGACUCCUUCAUCCGCGUCGGAUAUCUUCUCACUAGGAGUGGUCGCCUGGCAGAUGGUCUCAAGAAAAAGGCCCUUCCUUGGCCUGGACAUCCAUGCGAUCCUCUACCUCUCGGGGAACGGAGCUAGGCCCGAGAACGAGGACUUGGAAGACGGAUUUGGAGGAAGGUACAAGAAUUUGUACAGACACUCUUGGAAGGAAGAUCCUGGAAGCAGGCCCACGGCAACGGAAGUCAUCGCUAGAUUGAACGAUCUACUCUUAGCAUUUAGUCGUCUAAGUUAGAUUAGAGAAGUUCUUAUUCGCUUAGUUUUCCUAAUCAGUUUUGUAUCUCCAGCUUAAGGAAAUACAUCGGUUCGAGAGGAGUUACAGGUCGAUGAAAGAUUUAUGUAUGUUUAGGGGUAGAUGGUUUCUUUUUUGGAGUGGGAAGAAGUAGGCUAAGGUUUAAAUAAAAACUGUUUUUGCACA